AUGUUCAAGGCGGCCGGUCGUAUAACGGUAAUCAAGCUAGGUUUUUGGGUAAUAAAAUGAAAACUUGUGUACUUUUUUUGUGACGUAACUCAUCUUGUAACCUCAAGAAAUAGGUCCUUAAAAAAAUAGCAAAAAAAGAAAAAAAAUAAAAAAAUUUCCUGGCUUCGAAAUUUCGAAACUGACGGUGCAAUAUUGACCGGCCACCGGAGUACUGUUUCAAACAUGCGUGCUUAACCAGAUACAAUGACUUCCGUUUUUUUCUAUAUGCUGUAUAUAUUUUUCUAAAUUUUUAUACAUGAGUAAAAAAAAAUAUUUUUCCAUUUAGGUUAUUUUUACAAAAAUACACGGAGACCAUACGUGUUUAGAAAAUCUUCAAAAUCUUAUGGCAAAUUAUACCGAAUAACAAGCAUCCAAUCUAAUGCCGUGUUCAAAGUGAUUCCGCGAAAUUCAAAAAUAGCUGUCAGAGAAAGAGAAAGAUAACUAAAUUUUUGGAGGGUCAGAGACCAUUUUGCAUUUCGCGGAAAUUACUUUGAACACGGCAUAAACAAAAUAUGCAGUGUUCGAGAGAAAAAAAUUUGAUUUUUGAAUUCUAAAUGGGCGUGUCUAAUUCUGCAAAUGCGACGCGGAAUCGAUCGUGCCGCAAAAAGAUAAAACAGCCCCGCCCCUCGAAGAAUUUUCCAUUCGAUUCUUUUUGAACUUUUGUUCUCAACAAGAAAGAAAGAUGUUUUUGAUUGACUUAAACUUCUUGAUUAAGUUACAAUCAUGUGUUAUCUUUGGUUUUCCAAUUCGACUAACCUUAUUUCCAUGAACCAGGAGAUAACAAUCCAAUGGAUUAUAAAUAAUUGUCUUUCUCCUGGAAGGUCGUGAAUUUAAAAAAAAUUAUAGAUUACUAAAAUUGAUUUUUUUAAAGAUAGACCAAGUUGAGAAAUCAUUUUUCAAUGAAUUCUCAAUUUUUUGGCCCAUUUAUGACGCUUACGAGUCCUUACGCGUGUCUAGAAUUUUCUAGAAAUGAUUCUCAUUUUGUUUGUCUAUCCUUGUCGUUUUCAUUCAUUCCAUUUCAGCUUUUUCGUCAAAAUCUUCCGUGAGGUCUUUUGGCGUAUAUUUAAUGACUUUUUGCUCAAUAAUACCGAUAAAUUUAGUGCAGAAGUCGUUAAAUUUAUUUUAGAAGACUCUUUUCAUAACAUGUUACUGUAACUAUAGUCUGUUCAGAUUUUGAAUGUCAAGCAGCUAACUCCACCCCCAAGGCUACAAUAUCUUUCGCGUCAAUGUUUUAUAUCCAGAUGACGAUGAACCUUUAAUAAGGCUACAUUUUUGACUUCUUUUUCUACACCCAACAUAAUGCCGUGUUCAAAGUAAUUUCCGCGAAAUGCAAAAUGGUCUCUGACCCUCCAAAAUUUAGUUAUCUUUCUCUUUCUCUGACGGCUAUUUUGAAUUUCGCGGAAUCACUUUGAACACGGCAUAAUUGCCGAUAUCGCAGCGGGCCGCAGGCGAUAUAGCCUAUUCUCGCUGCGAUCUCGUCAGCAUGUUGCUGCGGUCGCGACCUCAUCAAAGUCUCGCUGCCAUAUCGCGCCCUCACAAAAAAAUUUGAAAUUUGAAUUUUUUUGCUUUAUUUUUUUGACUUUUAUGAUGAAAUCAAUCAAAUUCAAGAAAAAAACAUUUUUUUGAAUAAAAAAAUUUUUUUCAGAGAGCGAUAUAGCGCAAGGCGUUUGCGAGGUCGCAGCGAGAGGCGAGCGGUAUUGCUCGCGGCUCCCCCGCGGUAUAGCAUUUCACUCUCGCUGCGAUAUAGUCCACAAUAAUGGGUGUAUCUUUUAGAUCAAAAAAGAUCAUAAUUAGUCCCGUGCGAUAAAACAUCGACGCGAAAAGGUACCGUCUCAACAGGGGCGGAGUUAGCUGGUUGACAUUCAGAAUCUGAACAGAUUAUAGUAAAAAAAAUUUUCAGUAAUGCCUAUUGACUAUUCUAAGUGGAAGGAGAUCGAAGUCUCCGAUGAUGAGGAUGACACCCAUCCAAAUAUCGAUACUCCUUCGUUAUUCAGGUUUGUUUCAUUACUUCACUUUUUUUCCUUACUACGUUUUUGACAGAUGGCGCCAUCAAGCCCGCCUGGAGCGUAUGGCCGAGAAGAAACUGAAGCAGGAACAACUGGAGAAAGAGAAAUCGAAUACCACUUCAAAAUUGAAAGUUCUUAAAUUUCUGUUUUCUUUUUACACCUGCUUAUACCUUCAGGAUCUGCAAGAUCGGCUUGCUGCUUCUACGAUAGGAAACGCCGAAAAAGAACAGAUACAAAAGGAGCUAGAUGAUGUAAAGGAACAAGAAGCGAAAUGGAGAGCUAAAGAGAAAGAACUCGAGGUUUUCUUUCAUUUCUUUUUACUCAAAUCGCAUUAAAAGUAAAAACGAAACUUAGUAAGUUCAGUCUGUAAAUUAGUAUUGUUCCCCUAUCACAUUUUUCGUUCCAGGACCAGGAACGUUUGGAGCCAUGGAACGUUGACACCAUCGGCCACGAAUCUUUCAGUACAACUCGUAUCAAUAAGGUUUGUUCAUUCGCGUAAAACGAAGAAUAUUUUUUAUUUCAGAUUCAAGAGCCGAAAUCCGCCGCUCGACUCUCCGAAGAGGAGGAUACUAAAAAAAUGGUGAGUUUUUUUUUUAAUUGAAAAAUGAGUGAAAAUGUGAAAAGUGACUUUACGCUGAAUAAAAUAAUCAGUAUUAACCUACUAAUUUUUCAAGGCCGAUUUUUGCGAGAAAAACGAAGGUCUUCUACAAACAUAUGGCCGGAUCCAUGGUUUGAAGGUAUCUUGCGUUUUUAUUUUCAAAAAAAAAAACAAUAAAUUUUUUAGGCCACAGAAGAUUUCUUAACAGAACACCCACAUUUAGCCUGCGAGUACGCGGCCAACUACCUCACGAUUGAAUGUCUCAACUUGGCUAUCGAUAGAAAAGUUAGUUAAAGUUCUUCUCAUGAGCCCCUCUCAAUUACUUCUGAAACUCUUGCGCCUGAGAAAUGGCCUGCAACAUGCUUUUUCCUGUAUUUUUCUUCAUAAAAUCCUUUGAUGCACCUGCCGCCUUUUUUUUCAAAUAACAAUUUUUUUCUUAUUGGUUGCGUGAAUAAUUUACUUUUCCUGAUUUUGUUGAUGUUCAGGAAGACGAAAUGUGCGUGAUGGCCGAACAAUGCGUUAUCAUGCAGUACUUACUGGAGCUGGCCAAAUCUCUGAAGUCAGUUGCGAGCAACGUGAAUCUCCAGAGGAACUUCUUCAAAAAAUUCGGAGCCGCCGACCCGACCUACGUGAAGAGUUUCCAUGAAGAGGUCGAGGCUUUCCAGGAUCGCUUGCGGAAACGCGCGACUGAGAAACGCGAAGCCGCGACUGCUGAGUACGAAGCAGAAGAGAAGGUUUUGUGUGGCUUGUUCAUAUUUUCAUUCGCACCUACAGGCUCGCCGAAUCGCUGCUUCUCCGGGUGGUCUUGACCCUCAGGAAGUGUUCGACACUCUGCCUGAAGAGAUGCAGAAGUGCUUCGAGUCGCAGGACGUCGGUAAACUGAAGAGCCUCGCCCAGAAGAUGGACGAAGAGGUAAUGCGACCUUUCAUAUCAGUUGCAGCUCUCAUUUUUCAGGUGUUCAUGUACCACUUCCGCCGCUGUAUCGACUCCGGUCUCUGGGUGCCAGAACGGUCUUCGGACGACGAGGGCAGCGUCACCACUCAAAAUGACACCGAAGGCGAUGACGGUGAUGCCGACGGCGAGGCUGAAACCACAGAAACGGUUAAUUCAACUUGUUACUCAUAAUCGGACAAUUUUUUUAGGAAAGCGUCAAGACUUGUGAAACAGACUAA